ACACACAGAAGAAACCGUGGCGCAGAUUGAGAGUCGCGUCAAGAAACAAGGCUUCAACUGGGUCACAGACAGAGACGUAGGGCUCCAGCUGAUACAGAAGUACAGACACACCCAGAAGCAAGCACAGCCUGAUCAGGAUCACGUGUGGAUUAAGCCAGAUUCGGUUAUAAAGCUGGACAAGAUCGGGAGCGGAAAGUUUGGCGAUGUCUACAGAGGUGUGACGCUGGUGGAAGG